GGUUUGCUUCAGUUAGUGGCGUGCUGCCGGCGCGAAUUGUUUUCCCACUCGGCGCGAAGUCGAGUUUUCCCUUAGACUUAUUUAUUUAUAUUUUUUUUUUAUUGGUGUGACAAUGAAAGUGACUUCAUCGUUGAUCAUCCUGUGGCUGGUGGCCGGAGUUUGGUCGCAGAGCGAAGAGGAGCUGGGCUGUAUUUGGUAUGGCCAGAGUCACAUGAUAGGCGCCUUCUGGCAGAAUCUGGCGGAUACGCGACCGGCCAGACCACUGAACAGUCCAUCGGCGGAGGCGCUCUUCGCCAAGAGAUGCCCACUGCUGUACAAGGAGUACAAGGGCGAGAGUGGCCAGGACGAGCUGAGCCUCUGCUGCGAUGCGGCCCAAAUCGAGACCAUGGAGUCGGGAUUGUCGCAGGCGGAUGGUGUCUUCUCCCGAUGUCCCACCUGCACGAGGAACAUGGCCCAGACCGUUUGUGCCAUGACCUGUGCCAAGAACCACACGCUCUUUCUCACCGGCUACAAUGCCACGAAUCCGAGUGGUCAGGAUUUCGUGGAGUCCAUUGACUAUCGGAUAUCGGACGAUUCGGUAUCGCGAAUCUACAACAGCUGCAUUGGCAUUCAGCACACCCAAACCGGACGACCGGCCAUGGAUCUGGGAUGUGGUGCGUACAAUGCCAAGACCUGCACCUACCGCCGAUGGUAUCAGUUCAUGGGCGAUGUGAGCGGCGACUAUGUGCCGUUCCAGAUCAAUUAUAUGUGGUCGGAGGAUGCGGAGGAGGGUUCGGAGGAGAUCUAUCUGGAGGUGAGUCCACUGCAGUGUGGCGAGAGUUACGAGGACAGCUAUGCGUGUGCCUGCAUUGACUGUGAGGAGUCCUGUCCGCUGACCGAUGCACCCACCGGUCCCGAGGAGCUCUGGAAGAUUGCCGGCCUGUACGGGGUGACCUUCAUCCUGGCCCUGGUCAUCGCCGUCCUUUUGUCGGGCUUCAUUUUCUGGGGAGCCUUUGGAAGGAGCUCGGCACCCAGCGUCUGCAUGCCCACCUUGUUCGGGGAGUUCUUCUAUCAUGGCUUCCGGAUUUGGGGCACCUUCUGCGCCAAGCAUCCCGUCCUCGUCCUGGCCCUCUGCUCCUGGGCCAUCGCUGGGUUGGCCUACGGCAUCCGGUUCAUGAGCAUCACCACCGAUCCCGUGGAGCUGUGGGCGGGCGAGCAGAGCCAGACGAGGAUCGAGAAGGACUACUUCGAUCAGCACUUCGGACCCUUCUAUCGCAACAACCAGAUCUUCAUCAAGGCCAUCAAUCAGACCUAUUUCACUCACGAGGCUCCCAGUGGCAAUCUUACUUUUGGUCCUGCCUUCGAGUACAACUUCCUGAAGGAAGUCUUCGAGCUGCAGAACUCCAUUUUGAAACUGGGAAUGGACGAUAACGAGGGAUUCGAUAAGAUCUGCUAUGCACCCGUUUUAAUGGCCGGAGAAACAGCCACAGUGGACCACUGUGUUGUCCAGUCGGUCUACGGGUAUUUCCAGCACGAUAUGGAUCGAUUUGAGAACUCCUAUGUGGACAGCAGCAACUUCACCAUCAACUAUCUGAAUCAAUUGGAGGAUUGCCUUCGAGUCCCCAUGCUGGAGGAUUGCUUUGGAACCUAUGGCGGACCCAUUGAGCCUGGCAUCGCGGUGGGUGGCAUGCCCAAGGUCGCGGUGGGCGAGGAUCCCGACUACAUGUUGGCCACCGGCCUCGUGGUCACCUUCCUGGGUAAGAAUCAAAACGACGACACCAAACUGGAGCCCAGCCUGAAGUGGGAGCAGCUGUUCGUGGACUUUUUGCGUGACUACCAGAGCGAUCGACUGGACAUUGCCUAUAUGGCCGAAAGAUCCAUCCAGGAUGCGGUGGUAGAGCUGUCCGAGGGCGAAGUGGGCACAGUGGUCAUCAGCUAUGUGGUGAUGUUCGUCUACGUGGCCAUUGCCCUGGGUCACAUCCGCAGCUGUCGUGGAUUCCUGAGGGAAUCCCGCAUCAUGCUGGCCAUCGGCGGCAUUGUCAUCGUUUUGGCCUCGGUGGUCUGCAGUCUGGGUUUCUGGGGCUAUCUGGAUGUGACCACCACCAUGCUGGCCAUCGAAGUGAUCCCGUUCUUGGUCCUGGCCGUCGGCGUGGACAAUAUCUUCAUCAUGGUGCACACGUACCAGCGGUUGGACCACUCGAAAUUCAGGACCACCCAUGAGGCGAUUGGCGAGGCCAUCGGCCAAGUGGGUCCUUCGAUCCUCCAGACGGCGGGCAGUGAGAUGGCCUGCUUUGCCAUCGGAUGUCUGUCUGAUAUGCCGGCGGUGAAGACCUUUGCCAUGUACGCCGCCAUCGCCAUCCUGAUGGACUUCCUGCUCCAGAUCACCGCCUUCGUGGCACUGAUGGCCAUCGAUGAGAGGCGCUACUUGGACGGCAGACUGGACAUGUUGUGCUGUGUGAGGAGUGGUGGCAAGGUGACCAGGAACGAGGACGGGGACAAUGGCGAUAGGCCCAAGGAGGUGGGAGUGCUGGAGACCAUGUUCAAGAACUUCUACUCACCCUUCCUGCUGUCCAAGCCCGUAAAAGUGUCCGUUCUGCUGAUCUUCACUGUGAUCACCUGCCUUUCGCUGAUGGUGACGCCCUCGAUUGAGAAGGGCCUCGACCAGGAGAUGUCCAUGCCGACGAACUCGCAUGUGGUGAAGUACUUCCGCUACAUGGUCGACCUGCUGGCGAUGGGAGCUCCGGUGUACUGGGUCCUCAAGCCCGGACUCAACUACGCGGAGCCACUGCAGCAGAAUCUCAUCUGCGGCGGAGUCGAGUGCAACAACAACUCGCUCUCGGUGCAACUGUAUACCCAAUCACGAUAUCCGGAAAUCACGGCUUUGGCCCGACCAGCUUCCUCCUGGCUGGACGACUACAUCGAUUGGUUGGCCAUCACUGAUUGCUGCAAGUACAACAUCACCACCGGCGGAUUCUGUUCCAGCAACUCAAAGAGCGAAGAUUGUCUGCCCUGCGAACGUGGAUUUACAGAAAAUGGUCUUCGACCUGAUGCCGAUACCUUCAACAAGUAUAUUCCUUACUUCCUGUUCGAUCUGCCAGAUGCCGAGUGUGCCAAGGCUGGAAGAGCCUCCUAUGCUGAUGCUGUGAUCUACACCAUCGACGAUGAGGGAAUGUCCACUGUACAGGACACCUAUUUCAUGCAGUAUUCGACGACAUCGACGACCUCGGAGGAAUUCUACUCGCAGCUGCGUGAAGUGCGCAGAAUUGCGGGGGAGAUCAACUCCAUGUUCGCGGAGAAUGGUGUGGAUGCGGAGAUAUUCGCCUACUGUGUGUUCUACAUCUACUACGAACAGUAUCUGACGAUCUGGGAGGACGCCAUGUUUUCGCUGGGGAUGUCGCUUCUGGCCAUCUUCCUGGUCACCCUGUUGAUUACCGGCCUGGACAUCACCUCCACACUGAUCGUGCUCUUCAUGGUGAUCUGCAUAUUGAUCAACAUGCUGGGCAUGAUGUGGGCGUGGAGCAUCUACCUGAAUGCCAUAUCGCUGGUGAAUCUAGUGGUUUGUGUGGGCAUCGGCGUGGAGUUCGUGGCGCAUAUUGUGAGGUCCUUCAAGAGGGCGGAGGGAUCAGCCCAGGAGCGGGCUCUCCACUCCCUAAAUGUGACAGGAAGCAGUGUCCUUUCGGGCAUCACACUCACCAAAUUCGCGGGCAUCGCCGUUUUGGGCUUCUCCAAGUCGCAGAUCUUCCAGGUCUUCUACUUCCGAAUGUAUCUGGGCAUUGUCCUGAUCGGAGCUGCCCACGGAUUGAUCCUGCUGCCCGUUCUCCUCAGUUUAAUGGGACCGCUCCACAAGUCGACCAGAAGCUCGAGUGCCACGUCCACCACGCCCAUUACGCCCACCAACUGAUCGGGAUAUAUCCCAUAAAAUUAAACAUAUAUAUAUAUAUAUCUGUAGUCCUUAGAGUAUGCCUGAUUGUGUGUGCCUGAAUUAUUGUGUGUGCCUCUUUUUUUUAAAGUCUGAUUGUUGAAACUAAAUUGAAACAGACAAUUACACCUUUAAUUAAAUUAUGUAUCUUAACCUAAAUUAACGAGUUUUUAUUGAUUGUCAACUUUUCCAAAAAAAAACAAAAUACAAAACAAAUGUAUAAGCCAUUA